UCCACCCGAGUCUCCCUCUCUCUCCCCCUCUCUCUCUCUCUCCCUCUGCGCAGUAUAAAUGCCAACAGCUGAUCGCGAGACGGCACACUCACAGGAACACCUUCACUGAAGCUGCAGAAAAGAGGGUGAAAAGAGGGAGAGAGAGAGAGAUAGUGAAGAGUGAGGGAUACAGAGAGAGAGAGAGAUAGAGAGAGAGAGAGAGAGGAUGCUGAUGAUGAUGAUCCUCGCGACCACGGGGAGUCGUACUGUGAUUUUUUCCCGACCUCAGUAGUCCCUGUAAACUGGAUUUAAGGACUGUACCGGGGGAAGGACAUUCGUUUUAAAAAGCUUCCAAAAUCGUCCUCACAUUUUUUACCCUCUUCUUUCCCUCGCAUCCCUCCCUCCCUCAUCCUCCUCAUCUUCCUCCUCCACCUCUUCUUCAUCUUCAUCUUUAGAGAGGGCCGAAAGCUGUCACACGCUGCAGGGUUCCUUCCAUUGCUUGUUUCUUUCUUUCUUUCUUUCUUUCUUUCUUCCUUUCUUUCUUUCUUUUUGUUAUUGCUCGUCUGCUCGCAAACCUCUGUCCUCUGCUGUGCUUCUGGCACGUGAGCGCGGACAACGCGAGGAGGGAGCUGUCCGGUGCUGAAGUUGCAUUUCUCAUUCUUUCUGCGCGGGGACCAACGUGAGGAGCCAGGAGGCGGAGAGAGAAGGAGCCGAACUGAGCACACAUUCUAAAAGUCCUUCACUGGAGUUCAGUUCGCGGCUCUCGCGUGUUCAACAAACACUCAGACAACCCGCUCGCUCUUUUUGGUGUGUAAAGAGUGAAAUCAGCACGCUGCGAUCGGCUGUGUUCGUGAGUGUGUGCGGCUGUGUUCGCGAGUGUGAGCGUGUGUGUGUGUGUGUGUCGGUGUCGCACCACCAUGCCAAGGUCUUUCCUGGUGAAAAAGGUGAAAUUGGAUGAUUUCUCCAGCGCAGCGGAUUUGGAGAACGCCUACCGCCACAGGACAGACCUCAGCCUGCGGCUCCAUGACAAAGCUGGUUACAUCAGUGACUACAUCAACCCUGUUGUGUACGAUGGUGAGAGUGACAGUGGAAUCAAGGUUCCCUCUCCCGAUCCGCUCUACGAUGGAAUCCACAGUGACUACGGAGCACCUGACUCCGAGUCUCCUGGCAGCCCCAGCUCAGAGAUCACUGAUGGCUACAUCAACGGAGAUACUGCGGUGAGUGAGGGUUACACAGUCGACGCCUUCUUCAUCACUGAUGGCCGCUCUAGGAGGAAAGGCCUCGGAAGUCCCAGGACCAUUCAGAGGCACACCUGCAACGAGUGCGGCAAAACCUACGCCACGUCUUCGAACCUGAGCCGGCACAAACAGACACACCGCUCGCUGGACAGCAAGCUGGCAAAGAAAUGUCCCACCUGUGGGAAGGUGUACGUGUCCAUGCCCGCCAUGGCCAUGCAUCUGCUCACGCACGACCUCAAGCACAAGUGUGACGUGUGUGGGAAAGCGUUCAGCCGGCCGUGGCUUUUGCAGGGCCACAUGCGCUCACACACGGGGGAGAAGCCGUUUGGGUGUGCCCACUGUGGGAAGGCCUUCGCGGAUCGCUCGAACCUGCGCGCUCACAUGCAGACCCACUCGGCCUUCAAACACUUCAAGUGUAAACGCUGCGACAAGACCUUCGCACUCAAGAGUUACCUGAACAAGCACUACGAGUCCGCCUGCUUCAAAGGGCCCUUCUCUCCUCCCAGCCCCUUAGAUGCAUGACCCCUGCAUACAUAAAAACACAGACAAAACUGCAGAUAUAAAUUACCAAUAUCCUUAAAAGACUCAACUGCAGACACAAACAAUCUAUUUUUGGUCAGAACGUGACCUCGCUUCUCCUCCUCACCCCCCCUGCCCUCUCUCACUCCCGACAACCUCGCUUUUCCUUGGAGCCUAUUCACGACGAUGAAGAUGAUGAAGAUAGCACAAUUUUUUUCCUUGAGAUUUUGCCCACUUAAGGAUUUACCUGAUCUACGCAUGCACUUCCUCAAAAAUCUCUUCACCUCCUCUUCCUCUGUCUGUUCUAGAUAGAGACAAUGAAACAAACACAGCUUCCUUCCGGCACAGAGACACAGUCUGACUCUGUAUGUGAUGAUGAAGAUGACGACAAAGACAAUAGUAAGCUCAUCGCUCCAGGUUUCCUCCCGAUACUGAAACACAGUGGAAGAGUUUUUUUGUUUUUUUGUUUUUUUUGGGGGGAAUAAUAGUAAUAAUAAUAAUAAUAGUAAUAAUAAUGAUACUAAUAAUGUUCUGCUGCACCAAGUGACCAUAUUCUUUCCACUAUUAAGGUAAAAAUUUAUUUAUUUAUUUAUUUCAGCAUUUUUUCUUUGGUUCAUUGUGAGUUUAUACGUUUUUUAUACCAUUAUUUAUUUGUUGCACUUUAAUUUAUGUGUGUCUAGAUAUAUGUUUGAUUCGCCAACCUCUUUUUAUCACUACAGGCCAAAGCAUAUGACACUUUUUUGAGUACUAUUUUUCUCUUGUUAUGUUGUUUACCUUUUUCUUAUUAACGUUAUUGCAUGCAAAAAAAAAAAAUGAAAUCUAUGCCAACGUCAUAAAAAGCUUAUGAUUUUUUUUUUGUUGCCAAAAUCCAGUAGAUAGAACCUGAGGGCAAUAUUUUUCUCUUUGAGCCUCCAUAGGACUCUUUAAAAGCAAUAAUCACCUAAUGCAUGGUAUUUUAUGAUGGAGUUAUGAAGUAUUACCUACUACUGUAUAGCAGUUUAAAAAUCAGGUAUGUUUUACUUCACCUAUAGUCAUAAACAGAAAAAUACUAAUAUUACAAACAUCAGGGAACAUGCCAAUGUAGUGUUAGAGUAACAAAAAGAAAAGUCCUGUCUUUCCUCUCUUGUUAUGCACUGCCUGCCUCUUAGUGAGUAGAACUAAUGUAGGAUGUAGGCUAGAGAGGCUGGGAUCAGCUGCCUGCUAGGUUUGAGGCCUAUUGUGGGAUAAAUUUUUUUUCAAAUCUGCACAAAGUGAACUCUAGCAUUCAAGAAGCAGGAGAGGCCUAACUUUGUGUCAGGCCUCACAAAACUUUCUUGAGACUGGAACAUUCAUGAAAGUACAGUGUGUUGUGUUUUUUUUGUUCUGGGAUGUUAAAAUGGCACAUGCUACUCUGAGUACAUAUUUUAAUACAUAGAGCCAAAUAAAAAUAAUGGGUUAAUAUUUUUCCUCUUUAUAAAUUAAAAGCCUCGUUUCCACCAAGGUGUACAGUUCAGUGCAGCUCACCACAGUUGCGGGUGUGUACACUGGAAACGUAUGUUACACUCUUUGCAUAAAAGGCAGCACCACAUCAUAUGAGUGCGACACCACGUAGCUAAAUUCCACAAAGGAGGAGAAUGUGACACAGUAAACAAAGAGCAACAGUGGAGGAAAUCCAACACUCCAUGUUGUUUCUUCUUGGCAUGUGGCUGUUUUUCACAAAAAUGAGACAAGCUUUGUUUGAGAGAAGGCUGCACGGGAAAAAACAAGUGAUUAUUCUCUGUCGACCAGUCAACAGUUUUUAUUGUGGUUCCCUUCUCAACGUUUAACAAUGGAAACACAAGAUAAUUGCGUUACCAACUGAAUAAACCUGUACCACUUCGUGGAAACGAGGCAAAAGAAACAUUGAAACGAUGUUAAUAUAUCAGACAAGACAACUGUUCAGAGAGAUGUGCACUGACUCAAACUGAUGCAUGCUAUUUAGCAAACCCUUGUAUAUUUCUAACAGAAAACAGAGUCAAGGUUUGUUGCUUUGUUCAAGUUGGACUGAGGUCAACUUUAAAUUCAAUGCAUUAUUCAACUUCCCCUCCAGUGCACUCUCAAACCAUGCAGCAACAGAGUGCAUUCUUCAACCACUGAGAAAAGCAUGCACUUAAGCUGAAUGGUCGGACUGCAGCUUAAAUAUUACAGCCCCACACUGUAGAUAAAUAUGACGAUAAAUAUGAGUCCCAAUUAUUCUGCAGUAGGCCUCAUGCGUCCCGACUAGGCCAACCAUAUGCUAACCCCAUGAGUGAUAUAUACCUAUAGACAGGCUAGCCCAAUCAUCACAAACCCCAUAGAUGGUUUUACUGGUUUCAAAACCAGUGUUGCUGAACCCAGUUCUCUGCAGCUCAGAAACAUUUUCUACAGAUUCAUGGAGCUUCCUGAGAAACAGACUGAAGACACACAGAUGUGCACAAAAAGACAGUCCAGUUGUUUACCUUCACGUGUUGUGCUGUGCUGUAGGUCUCCACUGCAGCUUUGCAUAGACACGUUCACACGUAUGCACAAGUGCAUGUUGUGCAUGCUUGCACAUGUUAGAGCACAGUGUCUGCUGAUGAGAUCAUCGGGGGUUACAUGGACAUCUGUGUCUGCAGCCAAGCCUCCACUGAAUGAUUGAUAAUAAAUGGGUUUCAUAUUCAGAUGUGAAUCUUUGAGAAAGAUGUUUUUAUAAAUGCAGUGCUUCCUCAAGCAUGAGUCACUCAGUUACAGCUGGAGCUGACUGAUACUCAGUACUACUUAGGGUGAUAAAGACAGAGCGUUCACCCUGUUAUAUAGACCCACUAUCUAAUAUUACAGGAGGAGUGAAGCUGUGGUACUCAACAUCAAAUUAUAUCACAUUGUAAUUAGUGUUGUGUUGCUAAUUGGGUGAUCUUUUACAAAAAAAAUUGCAGCUCAGAAGUUGAUGACAAGGAGGCAGUUUUUCUGUUGUGACUGGAGAAAUGUGUAUGUGAGUCAUCGAACUGCAGGGGUCUGUACUACAAACUGAGAUUAGUGGUUUAGCAAGGUGUUGAGUCUAAAGCCAAUGUCGUCUGUGUCACAGGCGGCUCUCUUUUAAUCUGGCUAGAUUAUCUUGACAAUUUACGCUUCAGAGUUUCAGGUUUCUACGAAUCAGCCUCUUUAGACUUGGUCUUAAUUGAUUCUUGUGAGAUCCAGUGGAUUUAGGUGCCAGAAAAAAUGUUAAUCAACCACCUGAGCUGAUCAGACAGCACUUGUCCCUCUCACUCUCAGAUUGUCUGUGUGUGAAAGCACACAGACACGAUAAAACAUAUACUUGUCCCUCUGCACUAACUAUACCUGAUGCUCGUUAACAUGAAUGGAUCUACUUGUUCUCUCUGGAGGAGCCAACAUGUAUUUGUACUGUAGCAUCACAUCAUGUCUGCUACUUUACCUACAAAACAAUGCUUUUUUUUUUAAGCCUUUCUCAUUCAUUCUAAAGUCUAUAAUAUUUAUUCAAAAUUAAUUUGAUUUGAAAUAUUUCUAAAUUCCUUUACACACAAUCAAUUUGGAAAUAGAGUCAAAUAAUGCAUCAAAGGCCCGUUUUAUUAGAACAAACACGGAGCCUGAAGAAUAAAACCUAAGCUGUUGUAGUACAGCCCUCUGGUCUUCUCUCUCACUGAUGUGUGAACUGCAUUUGAGCCCCAAUUACUUGAAUUGUAUCAGAAGAUUAGUCAUAAAGCCCCGACUUGUAAACAGCCAUUUAUUUAUUUUUAUUUUUGUCUUUUUAUGCAUGACUUUUCAUCUUUGGCCACAAUAAAUAAAUUAGAACGGCAACAGUUACAAAGUAUUACAAAGUGAAUUCUGUGCUUGAACACAGGUUCUCCUCAAAUACAUAUGAAUACUAAAAUGACGUAUUAUGCAAAGAAAACAGAAGCCUUAGCUUCAUACUUUUAAACACAUCUUGCAAACACUGAUUCCUGAAGACGUAUACAUACUAAAAUGCUAUUAUUCAAAUCCCUGACUCUUAAAUGUUCAGUCGAGUAACGACAAGAGUGACGGAUACAAACAGUAUUUCUGGCUGCCAUGUCUGCAGUUGUUUACGUUCCACGGAUUGUCUCAUUGUGUAUUAAGACUCUGCAUAUUUGCACUGCGGUUGAAACAUCUUAAAGGUAUUUGACUUCAGCAGCUGUUGGCUGCCGGUGUUACAGAGUUUGUGCAUCCCUUUGUGUGUGUCUGUCUCUGGGUAAGCUCCAGAUCUGAUCUCUAAGCACUUCCAUUUUAGUCAUUUCCACCUUAAAGAAAGUAGCACAAUGAAACUAACUAGAAUUCAGGUAGAGAAGACUUAAAACCUUGUACUAGCUUGACCUCUCUUCUUUUUUUGUAUUUCCAAGUUAAAGAAUGAUGAUAACCUAAAUAAUCAUUUAUUGCAAGAGGGUUUGUAAAGAAUCCUUUGGAUUGAUACAUUUUUACUGCUGUAUAGCGAUUAUCUGACACACCUUACCUCAGGAGGUUGGUAUCUCUGUUGCAGAGAGACAAUCUCCUGGGUUUUUUGAGCCAGUAUUCAAACAAUGUAAGCACAAUGAACACAAAGCAUUUUGUGGCACUUCAUAAUAAAGAAUAAUCUAAAUGAA